UUUCCCCCUUUUGCUGCCGCAUCACGCUUUUUAGACUUGAGUGGUUUAUAAAAGGAAAAUUUCUCAGAGCAAAUGUUGACAUAACUUAUCAGCUCUUAGUCCCGGACGCAGCACAUUUUUUCAGUUCGAUCGUGAAAACAGUUGAAAUAUUCCCACAUCAUCACUUGUGAUUGAACUAUAGCAGCAAUGCUGAUCAUUUUGAGGAAUGCGAUGCUCGUCGUGAUUUUCGGAGCGAUGUCGUCCGUCCAGUAUAAUCAUAUGGCUGCCCCCUGGCAAGAUUUGGAGUUGGCUGAAGCCAAAUACCAGGUGUCGUCUGUGCCCCGCGGAGUUACUUACGGAAAAGUGAAGAGUAGUUAUGGCGUCCCUAGCAAGUCAUACGGCAGCGGAUACAUUGGCCAAGGCUACGGAAUUCCGAAAGGAGUUCCGCUAUUUCGAUGGGAUGCUAUUCGUCCGAAAGGCAAAGGAGCUCAUCACGGUAAACACGGACAUCCCGGUAAAGGUGGGCAUCAUCACCACCCCCACCAUCACCACGGCAAAGGAGUUGUGUACAUCAUUAAACCAGCCUACGUUAAACCCGCCUAUGUUAAACCGGCCUACGUCAAACCAGCGUACGUCCAUCCCGUAAGUACGGCACCCAUCAGCAGCGGUUACGGGUCCAGUCAGGGAACAACUGGUGGUACUACUCAUUCCGGAUACAGUGUCUCCAGCGGCGUCUUUAGCAGCACUAACACAGGACAGGCCAGCGCCUACGGUUUGACCAACAAGAAGCCUUUCACCGCGUUCAAACCGUUCAAGGGAAAAGGUAGUCAAACUCCGUUGCCCGUAAGCGAAGAGAAAGGUGUUGUCGGUUCGCCGGCCAUAGAAGAAAAACCUGCCACCGGUGGCGAGCUGGUCACGCCGGCCGUUGUGGCUCCGGCCCCCGAGAUUGUUGCUCCACCUGCCGAGGUCGUUGCCCCCGUUGCCGUUAUUGCUCCACCUGCCCCGGAAGUUGUUACAGCGGAAGAACCGCUGUCGGCUGAAGUUGUUGAUGGAGCGGCAGAGCCUCUGUCUGCCGAAGAAGUCGAACCUGUUUCCGGCGAAGUUGAAGCGCAGGUGGUGGAUGAACCAGAGCUGGUUCCUGAAGUAGUUGCUCCUGAAGUGGUUGCUCCUGAAGUAGUUGCUCCUGAAGUAGUUGCUCCCGAAGAAGUUGCUCCCGAAGUAGUUGCUCAUCCAGUUGAUGAACCGGAGAUUGACGUGAUUGAGGCGAUAGUUGAGAUCGUUGAAAGCGCCACAGAAAUUGCCAAUGCUCCUGAUGGGGAGGUGGAAAGUGCCACGGAAGUUGGCGGAAAGGAUCAACAAGGAGAGGGGAAUGAAAUCAAAGAAGGUAAAGAAGAAGAGGAAACGAAAGCUGGAGAAAACGGAGCCAAUAGUGAAGAAGAAGGAGGUAACAAUAACAACAGCGAUGAACGUUAAAGAGCAAAGUGUGUCAUCUCCUUGAAGCUGUGAUGGUGUUGUUAUCUCAAAGCUGAAGGCCUCAAACAAGUCAGUUUGUUUUGGCGGUUGCAUAACAAAAGUAUGAAACUCAAGUGCGUUACUAACCUUUUAUUCACAUUAUGUUAAAUGUCUCAAUUCAAUAUCUCCAAUCUCACAUGGGUUGUACCCACGAGAUCAAAUACACACAACUUUUCAUGUUUAA